UCCUAAUCUCAGGAAUGACAUCCGAACAACGGAGAAAAUCAUGGAGCUAUACAUUGAAACAUGGAAGUUACAUUUAUAAGAUUGGAUUUUAACUUUGACUUGAAUAACAGUGCAUCCAACAAACCGGUUGCACAUCGUAUUGGAAAUAUUUACAUGUGAUUUGAAUGGUUGAGCUUGAGGAAUUAAUGGGCUGGGUCCGUUAUCGCCUUCAUUAGACUUUGCCGGAUAAAGGGCAACAUGUCUCGGGAUGAGGACGGCUAUCCCGAGGCGCAACUGGUCACAGAGGCCGGGCCCAACUGGCUCCGCGCCGAGAUCGAGCGCCUGUGCCGGGAACUGAGCGAGACGACCCGGGAGAAGAUCCAGGCGGCGGAGUACGGGCUGGUGGUACUGGAGGAAAACCAGCAGCUGAAACAACGCUGUGAAGAUUUGGAGAGCGAAUAUGAGACCGUCAGACAAGAGAUGGAUCAACUUAGGGAGGCGUACGGUCAGGUUCACUCCACCCACAAAAAGGUGGCCGCAGAUGGCGAGAGCAGGGAGGAAUCCCUUAUCCUAGAGUCGGCAUCUAAAGAGGCGUAUUAUGAGCAGAGAAUGCAGGAACUACAGGCUGACCUACGGCAAGCGAAAAACAGCUUCACCAGCACACAGGCGGAGAAUGAACGCCUGGCCACCCUUGCGCUGGAGCUACGAGAGAAUAAUGAGGUGGUGGAGCUACAGCGCACCCGUCUGCGUGACGACAUCCGGGAGUACAAGAUCCGAGAGUCUCGUCUGCUGCAGGACUACUCUGAACUGGAGGAAGAGAACAUCAGCCUACAAAAACAAGUUUCUACCCUCAAACAAGGCCAGGUGGAAUUUGAGGGACUCAAGCACGAGCAUCGCCGGUUGGAAGAGGAAGUGCAGUACCUAAACAGCCAGCUAGAGGACGCUGUUCGGUUACGUGAGAUAGCUGAGCGACAGCUCACGGAGGCUCUAGAAACCGUAAAGACAGAGCGGGAACAGAAAGCAGCCCUUAGAAAAGAAUUAACACAUCACAUGACCCUGGGAGAUUCGCUCCUAGCCAGCUCAUUGGACGGACUCAAACUGAGUACAGAUGAACCUAAUAACGACGAUGCACUUCUGACAUUCGAAAACGGUUUUGCUAAAGUGGCCGAAGGUAACGACGAAGAUAACAGAUUGUCCACACCCAAGAGAGGUGAAAACUUCCGUCCCGCACCGAGUCUGGUGGAUGACUUGUUGAGCGAGCUGAACAUCUCGGAGAUCCAGAAACUCAAGCAACAGCUCUUACUGGUUGAGCGGGAGAAGGUGGCUCUGCUAACCACUCUUCAGGAAUCUCAGAAGCAGUUAGAGCAGGCUCGAGGAGCAUUAGCUGAACAACAGGAAGCUAUGACGAGACUCGGCGACGACUUGGGCAUCAUGAGGAGACUGCAGGCAGGCAAGGAGCGUCAAUCAGCACUUGACAGUGAGCGUGAGCGGGAUAGUCAUGAGGACAAUGACGUUGACUAUUACGAGCUUGAUAUCAACGGUCCAGAAAUACUGCGCUGCAAGUAUGAAGUUGCUAUAGCGGAGGCGGGUGACCUAAGGGCGGAGCAUAAGGUAUUGAAGGCGGAGCAUGAUGAAAUGAAGGCCGAGCAUGAGGAGGUACAUGCACGACUGGAGGGACAGGUACGUGACCUCAGUAUCCAACUAUCUCAGUUGGAGGGCAGCAGCCGCGCAGACCGCGACCAGGUCGCUCGGUUGCAAAAGGAACUAAAGGAAGUGAGUGCAGUUGCGGGCGAGACGGAAGGGAGUCUCAGCGUCGCCCAGGAUGAACUUGUCGCCUUUAGCGAAGAGCUUGCAAACCUCUACCACCAUGUUUGCAUGUGCAACAACGAAACCCCGAAUCGUGUUAUGCUUGAUUUUUACAAAGAGGGUAAGGGAAACAAAACUGAAGGUAAAUAUAAGCAGUCCACAUUGACGCAAACAAACGACAGCACGGGCCAGCCCCCCGAGUCCAACUCCAAAACCGUGGAUAGCUCUGCUUCUGGAAAGCCAGGCAGAGAAGACCCACGUCCUGAACCAAUGGACAUCUACAACCUGGUAGCAAUAAUUCGGGAUCAGAUCCGUCACUUGCAGAAGGCAGUGGACCGCACCACAGAGCUGUCCAGGCAAAGAGUCGCCUCUCUGGAGUUGGCUGCAGUGGCGGAUAAAGAUCAAGCUGCUUGCAUGGAGGAGAUUUUGAAGCUCAAGUCCCUGCUCAGCACUAAGAGAGAACAGAUUGCCACGCUGAGGACUGUCCUCAAGGCCAACAAACAGACAGCUGAGGUUGCCCUGGCUAACUUGAAGAGCAAAUAUGAGAAUGAGAAGGCCAUGGUCACCGAGACCAUAAUGAAACUUAGGAACGAGCUAAAGGCACUUAAAGAGGACGCUGCCACCUUCUCUUCCCUCAGGGCCAUGUUUGCCACAAGAUGCGAUGAGUACGUAAUGCAAUUGGACGACAUGCAGAGGCAGCUGGCUGCAGCUGAAGAUGAGAAGAAAACGUUGAACUCCCUUCUGCGAAUGGCCAUCCAGCAGAAAUUGGCCCUUACCCAGCGACUAGAGGAUUUGGAGUUUGACCACGAGCAAGCCCGACGAGGAUCUGGAGCUGGGCCAGGUGGCCGUGGCAAGGUUUCGUCUGGGCGUGGCAGAGGACUAUCUUCGUUUUCCAGCCCCCACGUAAGUCCUAGACUUCCCUGUAAGAACCGACCGCAGCCACACGGCCUCAUUGGAAGCCCUGCGGUUUUCUGCAGCGAGAAGUAUAAAAUUCUGUGUGACACUGGGUCUGACUAACACCCGUGUCUGAUCGUUGCUCAUCAGCGAACAUCAUGCUAACUAACACUCCUUCUACUGUAUGUGUGCUUACAAAGUCAGCACAUCAGAGUUUGUGCAAAGUGUUCCGUUGACUUCAGGGGUUCACAAUCUUGUAGCAGAUGUCCCACAAUGCAUUGCAAUAGACCUGUUUUAUUUUUAGUUGUUUUGGGUUUAUGUGAUAAUUAUAAACAGGUUUUUUAGACCCAAUCGCAAGCGGGAGGAACAAGGAACAAGGAUUGAGGACCCCUGUCGUAACAUGUCGGAACAUUCUAAUUUUGUCUUUUCUGUCUGCACGUCUGAGCCCCAUGUUUCUACUUUUGCACUUGAGAAUACUGAAUGUAAUUGAGUUAAACUCAGUCUCAACAAGCUAGUCUGGUAAUCUCUGUGUCAGUGUGCAAUAAAUCUGUGUAAUCCCAACAGAGAUCUGACUCUCGGUCUGCUGGGAGUUUUAGAAUCCAGGUUGCAACCUGUAACGGGUAUAAUUGAUGGUAUGAAAAUGAAAUAACGUUUAAAGAAAUGUAGAUUUGUUUUGCUAGAAUGACAGCUAUGGAUUUUUAGUAUGGUUAAAGGUGGUGUCUAGAGUUUUGCGUGAAAAUAAUAUUGUGUAUUUCUACGUUGCUUUUUUUAUACUGUUUUAUUGAGCCAUUCAACCAUACUAACAUUGUCUGUGUUGACUUCACGCCAUUCAAGCUAAACCAUUGUAGUGUGCAUGUCCAUCUGUUGGCCGCAAUACUUGAGUUGCAUGUUAACAUUAGCAUGUUAGUUCUCUGCUUCCUGCAGUUGCAUCAGGCAGUCUCACGUGUUUCGUUGUUGACCAUCACUGUCACGGUAACAUCUACAUCAUGUGUCUAUGUGAUUAGUUUAAGAUGAUAUUGAGUAAUACCUGGAUUGUUUUAGAAUGCAAUGAUUCUGAUUUUUUUUCUUAAUU